GGGGGCCCGCCCACUGCUAGGAGAAGAAAUACGUUAGAUUCUACAGCGUCAAGAGGUGCUGAAGAUUUAGGGAUUUAUAUAAGUAACGUUAACGCAAGUUAGUCGCAGAGGUUUUUACCCUUGCAGUGUUUUAAAAGUAUUUCUACCCCUUCAUCAUCUUCAGGAUCCAUGUCUUUUUUGCGUUGGGUGUCAGAGAAACUCAGUGUGGAAAGCCUGAGGGAUCUGGAGUUAUUUGGAGAGCAAAUUCAGGCAAGCCCUCUAAGGAAAGCCCAUGAGGACAGUCAGGAGUCUUUGAACCCUCUUCCACACAGGGACACCAUGGAAAGCUUUUUACCAGACAGCAGCGCUUAUGACCUGCUUAUUGUCAUAGGUCGGGGUUUGGAGGACUUGAUGACAGUUAACCUGGCCAGGUAUAAACCUACAGGGAGGCAUGUGGCCAUCCGACGCAUUGACCUAGACUCCUGUACCAAUGAUAUGGUGAAUUACUUACAGGGUGAACUCCAUGUCACAAAGCUGUUCCACCACCCCUGCAUCCUCCCAUACAAGAGCGUCUUCAUUGCUGAGAAUGAACUGUGGGUGAUCACACCCUUUAUGGCCUACGGAUCAGCACGAGACUUAAUCAGCACACAUUUUGCUGAUGGCUUGAGUGAGCAGUCAAUUGCUUACAUACUGCUGGGUGUUUUGAGAGCACUGGGGUAUAUACAUCAGAUGGGUUAUGUUCACCGGAGUGUGAAGGCAAGCCAUAUCCUGAUUUCAGCAGAUGGACAGGUGUAUCUCUCUGGUCUUAGGAGUAUUUUCAGCUUGAUCCGUCAUGGUCAGAAAGCACGCGUUGUCCAUGAUUUCCCUCAGUACAGUGUUAAAGUAUUACCGUGGCUCAGUCCUGAGGUUCUGCAGCAGAAUCUUAAAGGAUAUGACUCCCACUCAGACAUUUACAGUUUGGGAAUCACCGCAUGUGAGCUGGCAAACGGACACGUGCCCUUUAAAGACAUGCCUGCCACUCAGAUGUUGUUAGAAAAAUUAAACGGUACAGUCCCCUGCCUGCUGGACACCACCACCAUCCCCCCUGAAGAGCUUAGCAUGAAGCCGUCUCGCUCAGGGGCUGACUCUGGGAUCUGCGAGGGUCCCAGCACUGGUGGAGCUCGCCACACUAACGGAGAACCCUCAUCCUCCUCUGGGGGGAACCCUUACAGCCGGACCUUCAGUUCACAUUUUCAUGCCUUUGUGGAACUCUGUCUGCAGAGAUACCCGGACAAAAGACCUUCUGCCAGCACUCUGAUAGGUCAUUCAUUCUUCAAACAGAUAAAGCGCAGACCAUCUGAGGCGCUUCCUGAUCUCCUGCAUCCAGUUUCUCCAAUGAGCAUCCUGGAUUGCGUCCAAACUCAGGAUUCCCCCACUGGAUUGGCCAGUCUGGACUCUGACCUCAGCCAGCUGGAUAUUGAUGAUUGGGACUUCUGACAUUGAAUGCAUUUAAGGACUUGAUGGGAAGGGCUUACUUGCUAUUUUUAUUCUUAGGAAGUAUAAGAUAAAAGCGCACCAGGGAGAAAUCGAGAUUUUAAGGAUUUUUUUCUUCUGGGGGAAAAAGGGAAGUCUUGUGCUAAUGUUAAUGUGGUCUAUAUGUUAUAGCCUACAUAGAUUAUUUUCAAAGAAGACACACAGGACUCGUCUUCUUGUCUUUGUGAUUUGUGUAUAUCACUGCAACAAAAGGAGGAAACUAUUUCCUACAGAAGAAUGAAAGUAAGCAAUUACCAUAGCAUUGCUAAUGCAUUCAGAUUGAAAGAUGCAUGAAGAUAAAAGCCUGAGGCAUGCACUCCUCACUCAUGCAUACAUUUUGGCUAUUCAUUCAGUCCUGCCAUGUAAACAAAGAAGGAAAAGGUUCAAUUAAGUCUUAAGAUAGCACUGUCUAGUCUUUGUGGAGGAUGAAACCAUAAUUCUUUGAAAGGGGUGUUUGAAAAAUCUCUCGAGAGCAGUGACUAUGAGGAACAAAAGUGAGUAGUGGAACCACCAGAAGACUGAAUUUGUUCUACUUUGAUCAUUUGGUGCAGUCGGCCAUUUACAAGUAUCAAUUCUGUUGUAUUUUUGCUGAGAUUUAUUUCUGUUCUUGGCAUGUGUUACAAAAAGUAGAACUUCAAAAAAGUACUGUAAAGUUCUGUAUAUUUUAAGAAAAUCUUUCAAUUGGUCAAAUGAAAUAAAUUGUAAUUGUACAAACGUCA